GCCGGGAGCCGGGAGGGCGGAAGUGAGGCAGCGGUCCGGUGGGGUGCUGCUGAGAUGUGGAAAGCGGUAAUGUCGGAGCAGGUCGGUAAAGCGUUACAGACGGUGGUAGAGAGGGUACAGCAAGCGGCGGGUCGCCGGCCUCAGACCCUGCCUGCGAUCCAGCCACGCCUCGUAGCAGUUAGCAAAACCAAACCGGCAGAGAUGGUGCUGGAGGCCUACAAGCAGGGCCAGCGCAACUUCGGAGAGAAUUAUGUGCAGGAGCUGCUGGAGAAGGCUUCAGACCCCAAGAUCCUCGCCUCCUGCCCGGAGAUAAAGUGGCACUUCAUCGGACACCUGCAGAAGAACAACAUCAACAAGCUGAUGGGCGUCCCCAGUCUGUUCAUGGUGGAGACGGUAGACUCUGUGAAGCUGGCUGACCGGCUGAACAGCUCCUGGCAAAAGCUGCGGCCGAACACACAGCGACUAAAGAUCAUGGUUCAAAUCAACACGAGUGGAGAGGACAGUAAGCACGGUCUGCCCCCUGGUGACACUGUGGCAGCGGUGCAGCACAUUGUGUCUCGAUGCACCGCCCUUGAGUUUGUGGGCCUCAUGACGAUUGGGCGGUACGGCUAUGACAUCAGCGAGGGGCCCAACCCUGACUUCCAGAUGCUCCUCUCUCGACGGAAGGAGGUGUGUGAGACGCUAAAGAUGGAGUACGAGCAGGUGGAGCUCAGCAUGGGCAUGUCGACUGACUUCGAACACGCGAUCGAGGUUGGCUCCACUAAUGUGCGGGUCGGUAGCACCAUUUUCGGGGAACGGUUUUACCCCAACACGCCCAGCCCUGAGAAGAGGUCAAAGGUUGUGGACGAAGAGGCAGCACCGAAGCUGGAUGGGCUGACAGUGAAGGAUCAGUGAGGGGGACCCCAAACCCCCAAAACCAACAACAUCCUCCAAUUCAAGAGGCAAAGAGAAACCACUCACCUCCAACAAGAGACACCCCAAAGAACCUGGAUUGGUACUUCCCUGCGGUGUUGCUCAAUUCAAACACAGCAUUGAUCACAGCUAGCAAUCAAUUCAAACACAGCAUUGAUCACAGCUAGCAAU